AUGCCUGAGCGUCCGACAUCGACACAAAGCCUGGCAACGGUUGGGCUGGAGAAUUUGUCCCCACCUCACUUCGAGGUUUUGCAACAGGCCUUGUGGACAAUCCUCUCCACAGACCUGGCCAUGGAGACAUUUGCCCAAGUUGUUGACGGCCGCCCCACGCGUGAUGUCUAUCAAGAUUACGUCUACGAGUUUCGCAAAAGCUUCCACAACAAUAUUCAUCCAAGUGAUGCAGCUUUGGAGGCAGUCGAGUCGUGCCGUCGAAAUCUGGAUCUUGGUAGUCUUCAAAUCAGUGCAAAGAUUGCGCAAGCAUUCCAAAACACUACCCCUGGGUCAAGAGAAUCCCACUUACGUCUUAUUGAGAUUCUUGCUGUCCUCUGUCACGGCAUCGCUGUUCACUUGUAUCAGGCUUACGAUGGAGGCUUUCAUAAACCAGAGCCCCCCGACCCCAUAGUAUGGCCUGAUGAACUGCUUUGGCCCAACAUGCCACCCCCACCAUCCCUUCAAGCUCUACCAGCGGAGCUUUUCCAUCAUUCUUAUGAUUUCUGGCAGCAAUAUCCUAAUGGGAUUGCCGAUAUUGUCGGUUACUGGGCGGAAUAUCGUCUGUUUGGGGGGGUUGUUUUGUUUGAUCGUGGGGAGAUAGGGCACGAAUGCAAGGAUAUCUUUAUCCACCCAGUGGGCGGGUACAUGAUCUUCCAACUCUCAGAAGCUCAGGUGCACGCCUACAUCAGAUUCCUGCAGGGCGGGCAGCAGCCUCCAGGCGGAAUUCGCUUCAAGGCGGAAGAAUACGCACGUCGUGUUGAUGAAAACUAUGCCAUGGACAUGAACAUUUAUCGCGACAGGUAUGAACGGAUUAUACCUCAGAGGCGGGCCCGUUGUGUAAUCCGCGGUGAGGAUCUUCCAGGAUAUGCACAAGCCAUGGAAGAUUGGGCUAGGCGAACUGGAAAUUGA